AGAAGCAUUAAAUAAAUUGAAAAAAGAAAAAGACGAUAAAAAAGUAUGGGUAAAUCUUGGUGAAUUUUUUAUAAAGAUGGAUAAGGAUAAUCAAAAAAGUCUUGAAUCGGGAAUUUCUUCAUUACGAGAAAAUGUUAAAGAGAAAAUGGCUGAAUUGGAGAAAUUGGAAACGGGUGAUGAUAAAAUUUCGAAAGGAUUUAAAUUACGUGGAAUGUCUUCAAGUGAAUUGUAUAAUAUUACAAAAGAAUAA